AUGGCUAUGGACCCAGGUGGUCAUAAGACGGAUGAAGUACGAUCGAAAGUCUGCGAAAAAGACUUAGAAGAGAACAUCUCGAAGGGAAAGAACAGCGAACAAUUAUUCGAAGACGAAGGUAAUAUUGAUAAGUCCAUUGUAAUCAAUACAGAAGACGAUACGGGGAGUACUCGAAGCGUAGAUGCAGAAGAACAACAGGCACGAAUAUAUAUGCACAAGAAAGGGCGUACAAGUAAACUUAGAAAAUGCACGAAAAAAGACGAAAAAGUCAG